CCCAAGCCGGAGCCCCGCAGCGCUUCUUAUGAUCAGCUCGGUGUGUGUCUCCUCCUACCGCGGGCGCAAGUCGGGGAACAAGCCUCCGUCCAAAACAUGUCUGAAGGAGGAGAUGGCCAAGGGCGAGGCGUCGGAGAAGAUCAUCAUCAACGUGGGCGGCACGCGACAUGAGACCUACCGCAGCACCCUGCGCACUCUACCCGGCACCCGCCUCGCCUGGCUGGCCGAUCCCGACGGCGGGGGCCGGCCCGAGUCCGAUGGCGGCGGUGCGGGCAGCAGCGGCAGCAGUGGCGGCGGGGGCUGUGAGUUCUUCUUCGAUCGGCACCCGGGCGUUUUCGCCUAUGUGCUCAACUACUACCGCACAGGCAAGCUGCACUGCCCCGCCGACGUGUGCGGGCCGCUUUUCGAGGAGGAGCUCACCUUCUGGGGCAUCGAUGAGACCGAUGUGGAACCCUGCUGCUGGAUGACCUACCGCCAGCACCGAGACGCCGAGGAGGCGCUCGACAUUUUCGAAAGCCCUGACGGGGGUGGCGGUGGCGCGGGGCCCAGCGACGAGGCCGGCGACGAUGAGCGGGAGCUGGCCCUGCAGCGUCUGGGUCCCCACGAGGGAGGCGCGGGCCCGGGCGCCGGAUCCGGGGGCUGCCGUGGCUGGCAGCCCCGCAUGUGGGCGCUCUUCGAGGAUCCCUACUCCUCCCGGGCAGCUAGGGUGGUAGCAUUUGCUUCUCUCUUCUUCAUCCUGGUCUCUAUCACCACCUUCUGCCUGGAGACCCAUGAAGCCUUCAACAUUGACCGCAAUGUGACAGAGAUCCACCGGGUAGGGAACAUCACCAGCGUGCGCUUCCGGAGGGAGGUGGAGACAGAGCCCAUUCUGACCUACAUCGAGGGUGUGUGCGUCCUGUGGUUCACUCUGGAGUUCCUGGUGCGCAUCGUGUGCUGCCCGGACACGCUGGACUUUGUCAAGAACCUGCUCAACAUCAUCGACUUCGUGGCCAUCCUGCCCUUCUACCUGGAGGUGGGACUGAGUGGCCUGUCGUCCAAAGCAGCCCGCGAUGUGUUGGGCUUCCUGCGUGUGGUGCGUUUUGUGCGCAUCCUGCGGAUCUUCAAGCUCACCCGCCACUUCGUGGGUCUGCGGGUGCUGGGUCACACGCUCCGUGCCAGCACCAAUGAGUUUCUGCUGCUCAUCAUAUUCCUGGCGUUGGGUGUACUCAUAUUUGCCACCAUGAUCUACUAUGCAGAGCGCAUCGGGGCCAGGCCCUCUGACCCACGGGGCAACGACCACACCGACUUCAAGAACAUCCCCAUUGGCUUCUGGUGGGCCGUGGUCACCAUGACAACACUGGGCUAUGGGGACAUGUACCCCAAGACGUGGUCCGGCAUGCUGGUGGGGGCACUGUGUGCACUGGCAGGUGUGCUCACCAUCGCCAUGCCUGUGCCUGUCAUUGUAAACAACUUCGGCAUGUACUACUCCCUGGCCAUGGCCAAACAGAAGCUGCCCAAAAAGCGAAAGAAGCAUGUGCCACGGCCAGCCCAGCUCGAGUCACCCAUCUACUGCAAGUCUGAGGAGACCUCGCCCCGGGACAGCACCUACAGUGACACCAGCCCGCCUGCCCGGGAAGAGGGCAUGGCUGAGAGGAAACGGGCAGAUUCCAAGCAGAAUGGUGAUGCCAACGUGGUGCUGUCUGAUGAGGAAGGAGCUGGUCUCACCCAGCCCCUGGCCUCUGUCCCCACCCCUGAGGAGCGCCGGGCCCUGAGAUGCUCAGGCACACGAGACAGAAACAAGAAGGCUGCCACCUGCUUCCUGCUCAGUGCCGGGGACUAUGCCUGUGCCGAUGGCAGUGUCCGGAAAGAGACCUGCCAAGACGCCCUCUCGUCCAACUAUGCCCAGGCUGAAGUCCUCACCCUCUCUUAAAGCGGCACCAACGGGAGAGAGACAGGCAGACAGACAGAAAGCCAGAGGCUUAGGGAAACUCUGGAGCCCAGACACGAAUCAUUUGCUGGGAAAGACUCAAAUAUCCUUGUUUGCACAGGACUGGUGGAUAUGCUGCCAUGAAACUCUCUGGGCCUGGCGUUCUAUUCUAAUGUACAUUGAAGAGAUAUAUAUGCACAUAUAGUAUCUAUAUUCAUACAUACUGUACUCUUGUGUGUAGUGCACGUGCUACUGGUGGUCUGUCUUUGUUAAGCUGUGUCUCCCCAAGACCUCUCCCCAUCCCAAGGUUCCCAUCUCCUUCCCCUUCCCAGAUUCCUUGUUUCUUCUGACCGUGUGUGGGAUGUCCCAGGAAAAGUGCCCCUGGGAACUGCCCAUCCAACUGGGUGGUCCCAGGCUACUCUCUCUUUCUCUCUUGGGGGUGUUUCUCCUGCCAGCAGGUGGCCUGUUGAAGUCUGUUGAAGGCAAAACUGCCUCCCCCAAGGGGCACUAGCCAACCCCAGCCCAGAUUGGGGCUCUACCUCCCACCCCACACCCCAGUUGUGGGGGACUUCCAGAGGCUACUCUGCAGCCUCUUCCACUCCUUCCACUACCCCAGUCUGUGUUCUUGGUGAAGGGGGGCGUUUUCUCAUUUUCGUUUUUGAUUUUUUUUUUUCUGUCUCCUUAGUCCAUUUGUUUUCAAAGAUGCUGCUGGGCAGACGGCAGGGAAGGGGUCUGUCUGCCCAUCUGGCUCAGGGGUCUGAGAAGGGGAUGCCUUGGGCAAGGGGAGACCAGUUGCAACACUGUACUUCCUGGCCAGUGGCCAGAGGACGCGUGCAAUAGCAGAGGCCAGGUGACCCCUUCAGCCUUGGCCUCUGCCCCUCCCUCAGCCUCCCUCCCACUCCCUUUCUUCCCUUCCCUUCUCUGGUGUUGCAGUCAGUCCUUUUUCUAAGCUGUCCCCCCUUGUGUGUGUUUAAGGCACGCCUAGGCCGGGCCCUGCUGCCCUGUCCGCAUGCCUUCAACUGUCAUGCUGUGCUCGAACCCCAAUAAAGACAUCUGAGUGUCCUGCUGCUCAUCUGUGUGUCUGCCUCCGCCUCUCUUUUCUGGCUGUGGAUCUGUGGGGACUUCCCUGAGUUCUGACCCCCUACAGUGGGGAACACAACACACCUGAGCCUAACCCCACCUCUUCGGGGAUCUUCCACGCAGCCCAGAGAGAAAGUAACCUGCUCGGGGUUACACAAAGGGAUGUAAUGCUGGACCUUGGACUUCCAGGCAGCAUUCCAAUCUCCACUGCUGCUGCCUGGACCUCACAACCUAGAAGAAGUCUUCCUUGUUCAAGAAAGGCCACUGUGUGCCUGCUUGUUUGUUCAGGAGGCCUCCCGCUCCCCACAGCUGUACCAGUCUAAGUGGGCCAAGGCCCUGGGGAUGCCAGUCACUGCCCAUGACUGGAUGACUGAUAGACUGGGGCCAACUGCUGACUCAACCAGGGGCUGCAUAGGGAUGGGGAAUGAACACACUUGGGCCCAGGUAGUAUGGGGAAGUGGAAAGUAAUGAUCAGACCCUGUCCAUGACCGUCACUGUUGCUCCCUCCAACUCACACAGGGCAUACAUAAAGCAGGCUUAUGAGUGGGCAGCCCUGUGGUCACUCAGAAGGGCCUCACACUGGCUCCAGUGAUCAGCUGUUGCCAUCAUGGAAUCAGUAAUUGUGGACCGGGGCCCUGUGAUUUCAUUUUGAACUGGGCUCUACAAAUGACAUAGCCAGACCUGGGUGCACAUUUGUCUCUCCUUUCUCUUGUCUUUCUCCUCACUCACUCUUGGCAUUAAUCACACGGGCCUCUGUUUAGUCUUGAUGUGCUACUUACUAGCUGGGUAAUUUGGGGUCACCUCCCAAAACCUCAGUUUCUCUAUCAGUAAAAUGGGGAUAAUGACAGCACCCAUUCCAAAGGCCUAGCCAGGGUGUGUGUCUACAUACAGCACACAGUCGAUACACAUUAAGUGUUAGUACCGUCCUUGUCCUGACCUGUGGCUCUCAGGCUUUACUCCAAAGAUUUCUGAGGUCUCCAUGUCCAGUCACACAGCAGAGUAUACUAGCACUCCCAAACCAUCUGGGCAGCACAGAAGAACAGGGUGAAAAACACAGAGACAAUCAUGGGGAGGGAAGAAGAAGGGAAAGCCUAUUCCUGAAUUCAGCGCAGGGAAAGCUGCCUAGAGGCCUGGGCCAGCAGCAGAGGCAGGGCAGUGGCAGGCAGCCAGUUGUCAAUUACAGAUAAAAUCUCUCCUCCAACGGGAGGGCAGAUAGGGCUGUGCCCCCCGCCAGACAGAAGAAAGCCAUUUGCUCGCUUGGAGAAGCUUGGCCAGGCGAUAAUGGGAUGGGAUGCACCACUGGAUCCCUAAUGAUAUAAUGCACCAGGGCCCACGUCCAGAAUGGCUGUUUUUUGUUGUUUUGGAGGUUUGUUUUUUUUUCCUUCGUGUAGAUCAAUGGUCAGACUGAGAACCCAGCAAACAGCCCAAGGGUACUGGAUGCCAGAUAAGUCCUGAGGGGAUUUAAGGGUAUGCAGCAGGGUGUACAGUGACACCUUCAGAGUGCUGCAGGGGUACAGGGGCAGAGCUGGGUGAAAGAAGCAGAGGCGGCCAUGCUGGGGUUUCCUGGAGUUGAGCCUGAACUGGAGAGCUGCUUAAGAGAACAGGACACCUGUGAUCAGGAUGGGCUUUUGGAGUCAGAUGGACUUGUGUUUGAGUCCUGGCUCCAUUACUUUCUGCUUGUAAUGCUGCUUAACCUGCCUGAACCUCCCUGCCUCAUCUUCACAAUGAGAGGGGUAAUAGCAUCUUCCCUAUUGAGCUGUUGGGGGAAUGAAACGAAGUUGAUUCCU